UCUCUCUCUUCCUCUCAAAAUGAAUAAAAAUAAACUUAAAACAAAAAAAAAUUUUUUUAACUUAAAAAAAAAAAAGAGCAGAGGGGUGUCACCUACCACAAGAAUCUGGUGAGAAGAGCUAGUGGUCCAGGCCAGGGCAAGCUGGGUCUGAGAGGAGGGGACUGACUGGGGGAGGAGAAAGUAGGCAAAAGUCACACCUGAAUUUCUGCCUCCUAGAGGAAUCUUGGCCCUGGGAACAGUGCACCUCACUAAGUAUGAGGUUAGGAGAUGGCCCCUGGUACUGGGUGUGAUAUAGCCGAGUUUCAUACUCAUGCCAGGUGUCACCCCGACAGAUACGGGUUGUUUUGUUCAUUCAUUUGGUAGGUCCACCCCCUUGGGCACAGGAAACAACUGAGGAAUGUAUGAGGGUUCCUAUGAGGAAUGGGGUCCAGGCUGCUGAGAGAAGAAAUUGUGGCCUGCUACUCAGGACAGUGGCAAAAGAAAAUAAGAAAUAUGCAUCUGGGGGAUAACUAGAGUUAGGGUGGACCUGCAGUAGUUGGCUGAGGGGUCUAGAGAUACAGACUGGAGUCACACACACAGGGUUGAGGAUGUGCAAAAUUCUAAUCACUGUUGAAAUGUGGUAUGAGUACCAGAGGUUCAUAAUACUAUUCACCAUUCUUGUGUAUAUGUUUGAAAAUUUCCAUAAUAGAAGGUCACAAGAGAUUAAAAAGAAAAAAGUGUAACUAUGUAUCUGCAUGUGGUAUGUGUGUACCCUGCCAUGGAUGUGGACUCAGUUCAGAGACCUCUGAGUGCCAGAGUGCAGACAUGGGAGUCCACCACCAUGGGCACCUAUUGCACAAAGUGCAACCUCCCUGCGGUUGGGGACAGCACUUGUGCAGGGCAGGGGGAGAAGCAUUUGCUCUGUGCAGACCCUCCAUAUUCAUCUCAGUAUCUUGCAGAGUGAUUCCCCUUUCAUGAUCACAACCUGCCCAGGCCAUUGGCGCUGUAGUGUCUAUGUUACCAAGUAUGUGAGACAGGGCAGCUGUGUGCCCGAACUUGUGACAGUAUGUGUUGGUGUGUGAACACGGCUGUUCGUGUAUGAAUGCCAGGCACUGAGUGUGGAUGUGGGGGGCACGACUUGUGGGUGUGGCGGGGCCCUGGUCCAGAGUCCAAUGGUGUUAGACUCCUCACUCUCCUUCGAACGAUUCCUGGCAGCUCUCCAGCGCCCCCUCCUCCCGUUCUGGCAGUGUGGAGGGGGAACACCUGUUGGGGGGCUGGGAGCGGCAGAGCCCCGGGGGGCCUCUCCCCCCGCGCCCCCGCCCGCCCUGCCCCUCUCCGGUCCCGCCCCCGCGGCCGCCGCCAGCAGAGCGGCGCGUGAGCGCACCGCGGCCAGAAGAGCGCACCGCUGCGGGAGCGCACGGCUGGGGACCCCGCGCAGGGAGCAGAGCCGAGGUAGGGGCUGCCCGAGAGGCGGGCAGAGCAGAGGGAACGCCGUGGAGACGCCGGGGGCACCGGGGCGCGCCAGGCUGGCGGCCCUUUCCUCGGGGCCCCGCCUGGUGCCAGCCCCCCCACCAGCGGGGGGACUGCGCCUGGAAGCUGUAAUGGAGGCCCUGCAGAGGCAGCAGGCAGCCCGACUGGCCCAAGGGGUGGGGCCAUUGGCCCCUCAACGCCCAUUGCCACCACCACUACCUCCCUUGCCUGCCCCUCGGACCCUGCAGGCCCCUGAAGGGGCCUUGGGGGAGGUUGGGACUGAAGAAGAGGAGGAUGCGGAAGAGGAUGAGGAAGGGGAGGAAGCCGGGGCAGAGGAGGAGGCAGCCGAGGAGAGCCGUCCAGGGACCCGGGGCCCCAGCUCACCUUCAAGUCAACCCCCUGGACCUCAUCCCCAUGAAUGGACCUACGAGGAACAGUUCAAGCAGCUGUACGAGCUUGAUGCAGACCCCAAGAGGAAGGAAUUUCUGGAUGACCUGUUUAGCUUCAUGCAGAAGAGGGGGACGCCAGUGAACCGCGUGCCCAUCAUGGCGAAGCAGGUGCUGGACCUGUACGCGCUGUUUCGCCUGGUGACAGCCAAAGGCGGCCUGGUGGAAGUCAUCAACCGCAAGGUGUGGCGGGAGGUCACGCGCGGCCUCAGCCUGCCCACCACCAUCACGUCGGCAGCCUUCACUCUACGCACCCAGUACAUGAAGUACCUGUACCCGUACGAGUGCGAGACGCGGGCGCUCAGCUCCCCAGGGGAGCUCCAGGCAGCCAUCGACAGCAACCGGCGCGAGGGCCGUCGUCAGGCUUACACCGCCGCCCCGCUCUACGGCUUAGCUGGGCCUACACCUCGGGGUACUCCCGGCCAAGUCUCUGUUCCUGGCCCCGCCCCGCCCACGCCCAGCCCACGCCCUGCCCAGGGCUCCGCCUCCGGCCUGCCUGCUCACGCCUGCGCGCAGCUGAGCCCGAGCCCCAUUAAGAAAGAGGAAAGCGGAAUUCCAACCCCUCGACUGGCACUGCCUGUGGGCCUGGCUUUGGGACCUGCAAGGGAGAAGUUGGCACCAGAGGAGCCCCCAGAGAAGAGGGCUGUGCUGAUGGGGCACAUGGACCCACCUCGACCUGGAGCUCCCCCUAGUUUCCUGCCCCGUGGCAAGGUUCCCCUGAGGGGUGAGCAGGGGCUUGUUGCUGAGAGGGCUUCGGGCCUAUACACUGAGGGAGGACAGACCUAUUACCUAAUAGGUGUUGGAGGUGGGACAGAUAAAUCCCUCAAUAGACAACUGUGUGAUUAUAGGUGUGGGGCUGAAGUGGAAUGGGGGCUGUCUGUAAGGAUGGAGGGGGGAGCUUGAAAGUCUCAAGUCUGAUUCUCCAAAAUGUGACUCCCCUGUCCCUCCUGGACAGAAGAGCGGCUGGAUGGGCCUCUCAAUCUGGCAGGCAGUGGUAUCAGCAGUAUCAACAUGGCCCUAGAGAUCAACGGGGUGGUCUACACUGGUAUGGGUACUGCAGGCUGUCUACACUGGCAUGAGGUCAGGGGUAUUUGCUCUGGCAUGGGGAUUUUAGAUUUUCUCAGCUAGCAUGAGGUUCAGGGAUAUCCAAACUUGCAUGGGUAAUGUGGGGUUCAUGGGAUUGCUACAAUGGCAUGGGUUAAAGGGUGUCUACAAUGGCAUGGGGUCUAAGGCAUGACCUCUCUGGCAUGGAUACCAUGGGAUGUCUGCCUUGUCAUGGACCUAUGUAUCAGUGUAAAUAUUUCUUGUUUACCUGUUUGAGGGUAUCUAUAUUGCCAUAGGAGUCUCUAACUGACCUAAGGAGCUUGUCCACAUUGGUUUGUGGCAGGGAUAUGUGUGUGGUGUUGUAACAAUCAGGACACUGACUUUUGUUUUCCUCUUCUGUUUCUGUGCCUACCUCCUCCUGCCUGUGUUUUCCCUCCACCACCUCCUCACCCCUUUAUCAGGUGUCCUCUUUGCUCGCCGCCAGCCUGUGCCAGCUUCCCAGGGCCCAACCAACCCUGUACCCCCACUCCCUACAGGGCCACCUUCCAGCACUUCACCCUGAGAACUCCCACUCAGAAUUAAGAAUCCCAGCCCCAAUGCUGAGUGGGGCCCCCCUCACCUUGAUUCUUCUAGGGCACCCAGUCUAGGACCCAGCCCUGGGAGAUGACACCCCCACCCCCACCCCCACCCAUCCAUGCCCUGUGGACUUGAAGCCAAAGAGUUUUCUUUUGAUGUUACAUCUACCUCAUUGUAAAGGGAGAGCACCUCCUCCCUGGCCAACUCCAGCAGCAUCUACCAAAGAGUUCUGCCCUCCCUAACCCCCAUCAUUUCCUCAUGUGCCUCCUUGUGUCAGUGUCAUCUCUAGGACCCCACCUCUUCAAAUCAGACCUGCUUCUCCUCAGAAGCCAGGUGAAGGGUUAGGUUGGGGUGUUGUGAAGGAGAUAUCCCUCAGGUCACAUCUGAAUAAUAAAGCUGCAGUCCCUCCCUC